AUUCAGUUCGAAGUGAAGCUUGAAGACAACAAGUUUAAGAGUUAACGAAUUAAAUUGUGCUUAAGACAUCUACAGACAAAGAAAAGCAGCAAAAUGAACUUCUUCGCAGUGAUUUUGGCUGCUUUUGCAGUGAUCGGCUGCGCGCUGGCGCUUAAGGAUCCCAUCUGUGGUCAGGAGCACUCGGCCGAUGGCAAUGGAUUGAUCAAGUGUGCCGCUUAUGUGCCCUCGUGGACCUUCGAUGCGGCCAACAACAACUGYUUGAGCUACGUUUAUGGCGGUUGUGGUGGCAAYGACAAUCGUUUCCCCACGCAGGAAGCUUGCGAGCAAAAGUGCAAGGAAUAAAUGGGACGAGGAAAAGUGUGCGUGUCUUAUUGUGGGACACAAUUGUAGGGUCUGACUGUAAUGUGAUAUAAUUAAAAUUUSGAAAAUAAAAGUAGCAAAAAAUAUUUCAAGAAAAA